CGUUAGGUUGCAGAACAAAGGAUUUGCUGCCACCACAACCGCUUUGGAAAGACAGAGAGCCUCUUUGCUAUCUUGCUUUCAGAGGUGUCUUAACUGUUUUCCGUUUAAGAACUCAUUCCCACAAUGGUGCCCAUCCUUGGAUACUGGAAAAUUCGAGGGCUGGCUCAGCCUAUAAGGUUCGUCCUGGAGUACGGUGGCGAAGGAUAUGACGAGAAAUUCUUCGAAGCAGGUCCUGCACCCGACUUCGACAGGUCAAGUUGGACUUCUGUCAAAUUCACUCUCGGCCUUCCGUUACCUAACCUUCCGUAUUACAUAGACGGUGACGUCAAGCUGACGCAAAGCAACGCUAUCCUGCGGCACUUGGGAAGGAAAUACGAUCUUUGCGGGAACACCGAGACUCAGAAGAUGACGGUGGACAUGCUGCUGGAGCAAGGGAAGGAUAUGCGGAUGGCCUAUGCCCGCCUCUGCUAUUUGACAUACAGCCCAGAGACUAAGAAAGAGUACCUAACCAACCUACAAACAACCUUGAAAUCAUUGUCAACUAUCUUGGGUAAACAGAGUUGGUUUGCUGCUGAUAAGAUAACACUGGCGGACUUCGUCUUGUAUGAAGAAUUUUACGUCAAUCUUGUGUUAGAUCCGACUUGUCUUGACUCCUUCUCUAACCUCAAAAGCUUCGUCAAAAGGUUCGAGGAUAUUCCGGCCAUAAAGAAGUUUAUGGCUUCUCCAAAAUACAUCAAAACUGCCCUCAACGGUCCCAUGGCCAAAUUUGGAACUGGCAAAUAAGGAGGAAAUUGAAAUAUGUCUGUUUGAAGACAGGAGAGCAAGAAAGUGAAAUUGUUGAUGAUAGUACUAUAAUAAAACUGAUGAAAAUA